AUGCAAAGCGAAGGAGCAGCACCUCUCUCAACCCGACAACGACAAAUCUUACCGCGUCAAAUAGAACAAGCCCUCCAACGCGCCAUACGAGAGCAAGUCCUGCAAGAUCCAGAAGUCAAUCCCAACGAUCACUUUCUCAUCAACAUUAAUUCGAACCGAUUGAGACACUCCUAUCACUCGGCUCGCAUGCGCGUCAGAGAAUGGAUGAACAAUGAUCUCAGAGCCCAAGAAAUCAUGCAACAAAUUUCAAAGAUGUUAAACUCCAACGAACAGUUUCGAUUGGAUGACACCUUCUCGUUACACAUUUCACACAUCCGAGAUCCUGGACGAGGUAGCGACAAACAGCGACUUCGCAAAGCCAGCUUAGCGCUCGACAAGCUACUCGAUUUCAAAAAGAGCGUCAUCAAAAUCAACAACGAUGAUGAACUCGGUUGUGCACGGGCCCUCGUUACCAUGCAAGCCUACUGCGACGUAGGUAGUAGACAUCCCGACUACGUCAACCUACGACGGGGUAAACCCGCUCAAGCAAGAAAGGCCAAGGCACUCCAUCAGGCUGCGGGUGUCCCCGAAGGACCUUGCGGUCUCGCCGAACUCCACACCUUCCAACGUCAACUCACCGAUCACCAGAUCGUGGUGCUUUCCCUGGACCAUAAUUAUCAAAUCAUUUUCAAAGGCCCCCCACGUGACAAACAAAUCGUCCUCAUCAAAGCGGGUGAACAUUAUCACGGUUGUAAUUCCCUCUCUGCCUUCCUAGGAAAAUCCAAUUUUUGCAUCGAGUGUGAGAAAAGCUACCAGACCGACGACAUCUCUCACCAUCCCUGCAACGGUAAGAAAUGUCCCGCUUGCUGUCAAACCCAGUGUGAAGAUCGUCGUCGCGCCAGCGACACCACACACAUCUGCCCUCGUUGUCACCGUGCCUAUUUCGGAGAACAGUGUUUGGCCAAUCAUUACGCUUACUCCAAGACUGAUAGAACCAAAGCCGACGCUUCCAAAAAAAAAAAACUUGUCUGCAGUUCCCUGCGCAAGUGUCCUCGGUGCAACAGAUUACUCAGGCCUCGCGAGAUUGAAACGCGUCACGUGUGCGUUACCGCCGAAUGUCCCUCAUGCAAGGAGUAUCACAAUCUCUACCGACACCAAUGCUUCAUACAGAAUCCCACCAAGUUAAAACAAAAGCGAAAAUUAUUGAAAUCCAGAAAACGAAAGGCCGACGGUUCGCGUAGCGUGCACACCAAAGACCAUCUCUUCGUGUACUGGGACAGCGAAACCAUGCAAGACACGGGUGUCCACGUCCCCAACCUGGUGUGCGCCGCCACUUCCAACUGCGAUGAACUCUUUCAUUUUGAAGGCACCACCUGCAUUCGAGAUUUCCUGGAUUGGUUGAGAGCUUUUGCUCAGGAUUGUACCCUCACCGUCCUAGCCCAUAAUUCCCAAGGGUUCGAUUCUUACUUGAUACUGGAUGAACUCUACCAACAAUACGUGGUGCCCGAGCAAGUGGUCAAUGGCGCCAAGAUCCUGUCUUUGUCCAUCAACGCAGGAGACAUUGUUUUCAAAGAUUCUCUCUGCUUCUUUCAAAUGCCUCUGGCCAAUUUUCCCAAAGCCUUCGGACUGGUCGAACAAAAGAAAGGUUUCUUCCCCCACUUCUUCAACACCUCCGACCAUCAGGAUUACGUGAGACCUCUACCCGACAAAGAACACUAUGACCCCCAAGGCAUGCCCACCGAACGAGCGCAAGAGUUCGAACGAUGGUAUGCCCAACAACUCGCCGAGCCCAACUUGAUCUUCGAUUUCCAAGCAGAACUCGUAGCCUACUGUGAAUCCGACGUGCUGCUACUCAAAGGUGCCUGCGAAGUGUUCUGCCAAGAAUUCGAAGCCAUCAGCGGCUUCAAUCCUCUCCAACGAUGUCUCACCAUCGCCUCCGCCUGCAAUCUCUUCUACCGCACCAAACACAUGCAAGAACGCGCCAUCACCUCGGAACCCAUCGCCGGAUGGCAUGCUCAAGGCAAACCGCAUUCCCUCGCGUCCCUGGAAUGGUUGACCUACUUGAAUCGAAAACCCGACCACCACAUUCGACACGCCCUCAAUGGAGGGGAACACGUGAUCCUACGCGGAGACAAAACCUUCUUCGUGGACGGGUACGAUGAACUCACUCGCAUCUUGUAA